UUGAUAAUAAAUCAUCUUUUGUCCUCGGUAAUGUGACCGGACUUGCACCAUCAGGAAAGAUGAGAUUCAUUGCAGUUGCUGUCAUUCUCUGUGCUGGAUGUUUCUGGCCAACAGCCUCUGCCCAUCCUCGGAAAGAAUGGACAAAACUCAUCCUGACCCAGCAAUGGCCACAGACAUUUUGCAGUGUGGAAAAACAUUGUACAACAAAUGUAAGCUUUUGGACUCUUCAUGGAUUAUGGCCCGAUUCUGGCAUGAUGUGCAAUACAUCCUGGCAUUUUAAUGCCAGUUUGAUUGAGGACUUGAUACCAGAGAUGAAAAAAUAUUGGCCAGAUCUAUUAGAACCUUCCUCCCCCGAAUUUUGGGAAUAUGAAUGGAAAAAGCAUGGAACCUGUGCUGCAAAAGCAGACUCUCUGAACAGUCAACAUAAAUACUUCAGCAAAGCUCUUGAGCUGUACAAGAAGUUUAACCUUACUAAUGUUUUAGAGAGCAACAGAAUCGUGCCCUCUGAGCAGCAGCACUACACACUGGAUGAGGUGGAGACAGCCAUUACUAGCUUCUACAAUGUGAAGACAAAGAUUCAGUGCGUCCAUCCAGUAAAGGGAGGCCAGGUUCAGAUUUUGGGUCAAAUAGAGAUCUGCGUUGACAGGGAUUUCCAGCUGAUCGACUGCCAUAAGUCAAUCGAAGAAAUCUGCAGCAAUGACAUCCCAGCAGUGUCUGUCAGCGGCCAGUCAGAGCUCAGGGUGUGUGAUCACUCCACGCCGGUCUAUUACCCCCCAGUGCUCAGCAGAUCAUAGAGGUGGCAGCCCACUGAGCAUAACAAGACGAGAAUUCUGUCUGUCUGAAAUGCUGCAAACAAUUGAAAAUCUUUCCUGUUUACACUAUCUUUUUAAAUAAUUGCGCAUUAAAUUCCUUUGUUGUUUUAAAUGAUGAUGCUGGAACAAUCUAGUGAAGAUUUAAGGGUGUCACAGACUGCUGUAUUCUGUGGUUACUAGGUUAAUUUUUUAUUGGUCUUGUAGUUUUUACAGUCUAUCUUACUGAGCCAUACUGCUGUCUUUUUCUCCUUUUUAUUUUUUAUUUGUCCUCGGGUUAAUUUCAUAAAAACAUGUCCAGAUCAAAUUUACCGCAAAUUGUCAAGGAGAGUAAAAUAUUGAUGUGUUUUACUUUAGGAAAGGUUUUUAGCAUUAUAACAAAAAUUUUAAUGACAGUUAAACACAUAUCCCACCUGACCACUGUGCAUCUAGAUAUUGUACUUUUCUCCCAUUCACAUUGUUCUAAAUGAUUAUCAUUUAGUAGUACAAUAGUUUUAUUACAGUAAAACCAUACAAGUUUGAUGUACUGUAUACAUGUUUGACAAUAUAGAUAAUACACCACUGUUGUGUUCAUAAAUGAUAAAUAUUUCUUUUAGCAAUGUGCUCAAUUUCCAUUAAAAGAAAAUCACAAUGCAAUAAAUUCAGUGAUGCUUUAAGGCCUAAAGGAUUACUGAAAUUAUUGCAUUGAGAAAGAAACAAAGACUUAAGAAAAUAAAAAUGAUUUGGUUUGCUUAAAGUUUAAGCAAACCGAAUUAUUUUUAUUUUCUUAAGUCUUUGUUUCUUUCUUUCAGUCUAGCUUAACUGUAAUAUUGUGCCGUUAAUAUAUUUCAUCUGAUAAAUUUGUUAUUAUGAUUUGGAUUGAAAGAGACCAUUCAUGCCGAUUAUAAUGUGUAAAAUAUGUGGUAGGUUUGUUGCUUUGGGCCUACUGCACAUAAUGCACAUUUAAGCUUCUGCCGCUGGAGGGCAGCACAUGCAUUCUGCCAAAAAAAAAAAUCACAAUGAUAUUGUUUACAGAUACGUCGUUCACAUGUACAUUUUAUGGUAGUGGACUAUAUAUAUAUAAAAAAAGUUGCCAUACGCACAAAAUGUUACAGUAAAUAAACAGUGACUUUCUGGCUUUUAAACUGUAUUUCAAACAAUUAUUAGAUGACAGCCAUAUCAGAUGUGGGCUUUUGAUAUGCAACUCAACUUGUGAAAGACAUGCCUUAUAUCUUUGAUUUUAAACUGCAGGUCAAAGACUUUUUAUACAAUAGGUACAAAGUUUUGUCACUUUUACGGUAUUUGAUAAAUGCCUCACUUAAACACCAGUAACUAAAACUUUUUUGUAAUUCAAUACCAAUUAAAUAAAUACAGAAAAUCA